ACAGCGACCCAAGGACAGAGUUUCUGCCUUGGGUCCAGCCACUUCCAUUCUUCCAGAGUGGAGGUCACCAGACCCACAAGGGUGAUGCCCUAGUUGUCUCUUGACAGACUCCCUGGUUGAAUCCCCAGUGCCUUGGAAGAGAGUCUGGCUGCAAAGGGAAGAUGGUGGUUCCUUCCCAGGAAGGAAGGGAUGUGAGAGCAAAGAGAGUUGCUUGGAUGACCCUGUCUUGAGGCAAGAGGUGGACAAAAUCCCCACCCACCUGCUAGGAUUCCCAGGAGACCCCACCCAAUUAUGUGCACCUGCUAUUGUCAACCUUAGAGACACCUCCUACACUCUCCACCUUAGCCUGAGGGCUUGGUCAUGCUUCGUGGUUCAGAGAUGGUGUUCGUGCUGUAGGAAGCCCUGGGUGAGCUCUCCUGCCCUGUUGUGACUCUCAGCCCCCUAGAUCUCUCCUGGCUUUGUGGACACUAUAGGGAAAUGCCUUACUUCCGGAAGCCUACAUCCUUUGCAGGAACUGGAGGGAGGGAAAGCUGAGUGUGGAACACAGGUUCGAACCUCAGCUCCACCUCUGACCUUGGGCAAAACCCUGAGCUGUGUAUAUCCAAGGACUUAUCUGUAAAAUGGGGACAAUAAUAACUAUCUUACCAGGCUGACAUGGGGGAUUAAAUGAGAUCGUGCAUUGCGUAUCCUGUGGAAAUGGCGGCCGUAUUAUAGGUUCGUUGCUAGCCACAGAGCUUGGUAAAUAUUGAAUUAACGAACGCCUCCAGCUUCCCUUCUUCUGCCUCUACCUCACGUCCGUGCUUUAGGAGGGGGGAAAAAUAAGUGCGAACAAGAAGGAUUUGGGGGCAGAGAGAACCGGGAGAGAUCAGGGCUUUCUGACGUCUUUGGACACUAGCUGCUCUAGGCGUCCUGAGCUUGCUUGGAGGUGGCACUGGCAUCCUCUUACCCUUGUGCCACCCACCUGUGUCACCCCCCCUAAUCGGUCAGGUGAGGCAGCAAGUAGAGAUGGGGUCCAUCCCUGCUCUGUGGGCCCCCCACCUCAGGUGCGCGCUGAAUGCGAGGUGGCGGGAGCGUAAGUGUCGAAAGGAUGCUCAGGAUAUGAAUGAGCCAGCGGACGCGUGAAUGGAGGUGGAUGGAAGCGUGAAGUACAAGGCGGGGCUCCAGCUGGGUGACCUCGAGGCAGACAGGCCGGGGCUCCCUCCCCUCUCCUCCCAGCCUCCCACUCCGCUCCCCUCCCCGCGGCGCGCAGACCUUCCGAGCCCUCCCGAGCUACCGCGGGCAACAGAGACGGGACCACGCAGCCACCGAGCGGACAGCGCCUCCUCAGGAGGGGGCUACCCCGCCGCGUCUCCAGCUCUGCCCUAAGGCGAAGUCCCGCGAGCGAGGUCCAGAUACGAGCAACCGAGGAUGCCCCGGGCCCGGAGCCAACAGGUGCGGGGGGGUAGGGGACCCCCAGGACUGACCUGGGGAUUCCAGAGGAGCAGCGGCAGGUGAUGGAGGGAACUGGAGUCUCUGGGGAGGAGGAGUGACCUGGGUGCUAGGAGACUGCGCCACCACCCACCCACUCCGCUCACCUUCGGGCGGCUCCCGCGUACCCUUUAGCGCACUUGCUGCCCCUUCUGGGAAUCCUCCCAGACUCCCUAAGGAGCAAGGAGGUCCCGCUGGGAAAUCGGUAGGCCAGUGUCUCUGCCCCUUCCCCUAGGGCUUUCAGGGGGACUGUCCAUCCUCCUACACCAGUCUGGGGUUGUCCCUAUCCAGCCGAGGGAAGAAGGGGUCUGAGCAUGGGAGGAGGGAGCGGCCUGAGCCAGGCUGGAUUUAUGAAUGGAGAGCGGCCUGCGCACCAACUCAGCGACCCCUGGCGGUCGUCGGGGAGCAUCGCGGUCCCGGGGAUUCCAGGAGAAUUAGCAAGGGGGUCUUGAGAAGCCCAUUUCUUGGCGUGAGGAUCUUUCCUCUCUCCUAGGAAGGAGCCUACCCUCACUCCUGUUCGCGGGUGUGUACGCUCCCGCGCGUGUACGCGCACUGAGGACGAUCUGGCAGGUCUAGUGGGCGGGACCUAGGUCUUCAGUAUCUCCCUGAACCCUUUCCCAACCCUUCACCAAGACUGACUCAAGAGAGAAUAUUUGCCAUUGGGAAUGGGUUUCCUUCCUAAAUCUUUGAUGGCUGGAGAACUCAGACAGACCUGGAUUGGCUUCGUGACCUUGAACAAGGGACUCAACCUCUUAGCCUCCGGUCUCUCCAUCCACACAGCAGGGCUCACUAGUAAUGACACGGGACACUGACUGGAGGGCCGGCAUCUGGGUGUACCAGGCUCUGGGUGAAGUAGUUCCCAAAUCUUAGAGCUCAAUACUCCUCAUCGUGACACUGAAAGGAAGUUUGUUCUGGGACCAUAAAGACCUGAGUGCAAGACCAGGGCCUUUGAAAGGAGUGGGCUGAGGGCUUGUGGGAGUUUCUCUUCCUCCACAGAGCCCAGGAUGCUCCUCAGCUGAAGUGGCUCAUGGAACCCUCAGCCACGCCUGGGGCCCAGCCCGGAGUCCCCACUAGCAGUGGGGAACCCUUCCACCUGCCUCCAGACUAUGAGGACGAGUUCCUCCGCUACCUGUGGCGCGAUUAUCUCUAUCCGAAGCAGUACGAGUGGGUUCUCAUCGCGGCCUACGUGGCCGUGUUUCUCAUAGCCUUGGUGGGCAACACUCUGGUCUGCCUGGCUGUGUGGCGGAACCACCACAUGAGGACAGUCACCAACUACUUCAUUGUCAACCUGUCCCUGGCAGAUGUGCUGGUGACUGCCAUCUGCCUGCCUGCCAGCCUGUUAGUGGACAUCACCGAAUCAUGGCUCUUCGGCCAUGCCUUGUGCAAGGUCAUCCCCUAUCUCCAGGCCGUGUCGGUGUCAGUGGCAGUGCUGACUCUCAGCUUCAUCGCCCUGGACCGCUGGUAUGCCAUCUGCCACCCUCUGCUGUUCAAGAGCACAGCUCGCCGUGCCCGUGGCUCCAUCCUGGGCAUCUGGGCUGUGUCGCUGGCUGUCAUGGUGCCCCAGGCCGCUGUCAUGGAAUGCAGCAGUGUUCUGCCCGAGCUAGCCAAUCGCACACGGCUCUUCUCUGUCUGUGAUGAGCGCUGGGCAGAUGAACUCUACCCUAAGAUCUACCACAGCUGCUUCUUCUUUGUCACCUACCUGGCCCCGCUGGGCCUCAUGGGCAUGGCCUAUUUCCAGAUCUUCCGCAAGCUCUGGGGCCCCCAGAUCCCGGGUACCACAUCGGCCUUGGUGCGGAACUGGAAGCGACCCUCAGAGCAACUGGAAGCUCAGCACCAGGGCCUGUGUACAGAGCCCCAACCCCGGGCCCGAGCCUUCCUGGCCGAGGUGAAGCAGAUGCGAGCUCGGAGGAAGACUGCCAAGAUGCUGAUGGUGGUUCUGCUGGUUUUUGCACUCUGUUAUCUGCCCAUCAGUGUCCUCAAUGUCCUUAAAAGAGUGUUUGGGAUGUUUCGCCAAGCCAGCGACCGGGAAGCUGUCUACGCCUGCUUCACCUUCUCCCACUGGCUGGUGUACGCCAACAGUGCGGCCAACCCUAUCAUCUACAACUUCCUCAGUGGCAAAUUUCGGGAGCAGUUCAAGGCUGCAUUCUCCUGCUGCCUGCCUGGUCUGGGUCCCAGCUCCUCUGCCAGACACAAGUCCUUGUCCUUGCAGAGCCGGUGUUCUGUCUCCAAAGUCUCUGAGCAUGUUGUGCUGACCACAGUCACUACAGUGCUGUCCUGAGUGGGGCUGGCCAGGCUCUGGGAGGCUUGAUCCUUUGCCUGGGGCUCACCCCACCCCCACACUCAUGGAAAGACUGCUGCUGCUCAGUCCGAUCCCUCAACUCCAGUCCUAGCUUUCUGCCUGAGUGACUCCGCCAGAGUCAUUCCCUCUCUUGAGGUUGCAUCCCCUAAGCUGAGUUGAUAGGGGCUUAAGCAUGCUCAAGAGAGCAGAGAGCGUUGUAAACCGUCUAGUGCUGUGGACGUGGUUACUGUCCCUGUCUCGUAUGGCCCUACCCUACAGUGUCACUUCACCCUAUCAGAGCUUGGCUUUCUCCCCAAAGACCUGUCUCCUACUCAAUUAUAGGCCCUCCCUGGCUGGAGUCCGCUCCAAGGGUCCCCACAGGCAUAUCCACCUGGCCUGAAGGCCACCAGAAGUCCGGACUGCACAUGGCCAGCUGCACCAAUGUGUCCCUGUGAACUAAUUUGCGUUCAGCCCUUCUCAGUGAGCUCUGAAGCUAGGUCCACCCUCUCCAGGUGUGGACUGCACACAGCACAGGCUGGAUCUCGUUGGCAUUGUGGAGUGCUUAAACACUCUCCAUGCGGCCGUUCGGCAUGGAGGCCAACAGCCCGUGGCAACUGUAAUUAAAAGCCUGGUACCGAA